AUGGCACGGUCAUUAGUAAAUGAUUUAAGACAAAUAUUUAAGAGUAGUGUAUCUGCAGUGUAUCCAGAAAAUCUGAUUAGUAGAUCGGUAAAAUACAAUCCGGCAAAUCAGCAGUUGACUAUUGCUGGCGAAAAUUUUAAUCUACAAAACAAAAAUGUCUACAUUGUUGGGAGUGGAAAGGCUGUUCAAAAUAUGGCAAAAGAAAUUGAAAUUAUUUUAAGUUCCAAAAUUAAACAGGGUAUCAUUAGUAUUCCUGUUGGCAGUUCCAAGUACAAAUCUGAACUUAAAAUAUCUUAUUAUGAGGGAGCUAAGAACAACCUUCCAGAUGCUAAUGCUGAAAAUACAGCAAAAGCAAUAAGAGAUCUUGUUAUUGGAUUGGGAAGGGAUGAUUUACUAUUAGUGCUAUUAUCAGGUGGGGGAUCCGCACUAUUACCUUUGCCUAAGCCACCCAUAACAUUAGAAGAAAAAACUGCUUUGAUAAAAAGUCUAGCAAACUCUGGUGCUGACAUUAAGGAACUCAAUACUGUCCGAAAACAGCUGUCUGAUUUAAAAGGAGGUCAGCUAGCAGUAAAAGCGAAACCUGCACAGGUUAUCUCUUUAAUACUCUCUGAUAUUGUUGGAGACCCUUUAGAUUUAAUAGCAAGUGGUCCUACUACAGAAAAUGAAGAUGACCCAUCUAAAGCUAUUACGGUAAUAAAAAAAUAUAAAUUAUAUGAUCAACUUCCGAAAACAAUUAAAAGUGUAUUAAAUGAAGUUACUUGUGAGUGCAAAUUUCCAAGAGAAAAUGUCAAAAACUAUAUAAUAGGAUCAAACAGAAUUAGUAUAGAAGCAGCUUUAGCAGAAGCAAGGAACCUAGAUUACUGGGCAUUAGGUCUUUCUAACAUGGUCACUGGUAAUGUCAAGGAUGUAGCAAUUGAAUAUGUUAAACUUACUAAACUGUUUUGUUUACUUCUAGAAGAAAAGUCAAGUAUUAAAGACUUGACACAAAACUUAGAAACUAUCUGUAUACCAGGGAUUGACGUUAGUGUACUAAAAAAUAUUAAGUCUAUUGAAAAAAAGGAUUUAUGCUUGAUCCUUGGAGGUGAAAUCACAGUUGAAGUAAAGGGUGCAGGGAAAGGUGGCAGAAAUCAACAGCUAGCUUUAGAAUUUUCAAACUUUGUUGGCCAAGCAAACAAUGAUUUUGCAAAGUUCGACAUUCACUUUCUAAGUGCAGGUACUGAUGGCAUAGAUGGGCCAACAGAUGCAGCAGGGGCUAUAGGAUAUCAAAAUCUUGUGACCGAGGCGAGAAAAGAAAAUUUAAAUACUGAAAAGUAUUUAAAUGAAAAUGAUUCUUACAACUUUUACAAGAAAUUUAAAAAUGGAAGUUUUCAUGUUAUUACUGGUCACACAAAUACUAAUGUUAUAGAUAUUCAUAUAAUCAUUAUAAAGAAAAAAGAAAAAUAA